AACCAGGGAGCCCCAUGGGCUUCUUGGAGCAACAGUGGGAGAAACUGGAGGGAGACAGUGAGAUUCUUUUGGAAGCAUUAGACAUUCGGCUGUCUCUAUCAAUUAAAAAUUCCCAGCUCAAGUAAAACGAUUUAAGGAAAUCAAUGACAACUCAGUAUAGACCCAUUAUGAGGCUUGGAGGGUAUCAUCAACCUUGAGUUCCUGUCAACCAGAUUACCUUCUUUGGAAAACUGUCCUCAGGGUCUAAGCACCUCUGGAAGUGAGGUUAACAAGGUAGAACCCCAGGACCUUUUGCGGCAACAGUGGAGAGGGGCAAACCAAUACCAGAAGAACAUGAGCCUCAAAUCUCCAACGUCUGCUCUUCCGUUCGAGAACAAAGGCAGCCAUAUCAUGGCUAGAAAUGGAAGCUGUUUUCUAGUCCGUCACACCCCUCAUCCCAGAAGGGUCUGCCACAUCAAAGGUUUGAAUAACAUUCCUAUCUGUACUGUGAAUGAUGAUGAGAACUCACUGGGAGCAUUGUGGGGUGCUGGCCAGUUCGACCACUUAGAGAAGGAUGAAAUACCAUUUGCCGAAUGCAGUUAUGCACCCAGUGCUGCAGCCCCAGAGAGCCCUGUCCGAGGAGUCUCACCAGCCCCAAACAAUGUCAAGGUGCCCCCGCGGCCUCAUUCUGAGCCCUGUAGAAAAAUCAAGGAGUGCUUCAGAACUUCCAGUGAGAAUCCCUUAGCAAUUAAGAAGGAAGAACUUAAGGUAAAAAAGCCACUGUCACCUCCAAAAGCAUGCUCUACUGCUGACUCUUGUUCUUCAGAGUUGAUGAAUACCAAGACUGACGUCAAAGAGAACACUGUUUGCAUACCAAACUAUCUGGCUCAGGAAAUCAAAAUUCUGGCAAAGCUCUGCAACAUUUUACGCACUGAUUCUCUGGCCGAAGUUCUACAGUGGCUGCUUCACGCAAGCUCAAAAGAAAAAGAGUGGGUCUCAGCUUUGAUUCAUGCUGAACUGGCUGAAAUAAACUUGUUGGCCCAACAAAGAAACAUCACAGCAAAUCUAGCUGCAGAGACUAGGAAGCCAUCCAAAGUUAAAUCACCCCCAAAUUCACCUGCAAAAUUGAAAGUGCUGACCAGAACGAGGCAAGGACAUCAACCCACUAGAGUGUCAAGUCAAGGAUCUGAAGGAAAUAAGGAAGUGCCAAAAGAGGCUGAGCACAGGCCUCCAUUGUUUAUAAGAAGAAAUAAUAUGAAAAUGCCCAUUGCAGAAUAUUUCAGCAAACCAAAAUCUCCUCCCAGGCCUAAAAUUCAGGAAAGCUUAUCAACAAAACCAAUGUCUGCAAGGAGUAUGCUACAAGGAUGCAAUCUCUCUCCCCAGAGAGCAUUUUAUCCUUAAACAUUCCAAAGGUAGAAAUUCUAGAUUGAGCAAUUUCCUUCACAGACAUGAGCUUCACUCCAUAACAAUAUCAAAUUAUUUUUAAAAAGUAUUUUGGUAUCAGAGAAUCAAUAGCUAGUGGCACAUGUAAAUCUCAAAGCACCUGUAUAUAAUGCUACUAAAUAAAUAAUAAUGGAGACAGUA